AUGUGUCAUUGCUACGAAUCUCUUCCGGAAUCUACUGUUCAUGCUAUAUGGGAGUGUGUUGCUGCUCAAGAUGUGUGGACAGGAAGCUCAAUCAAUUUGCAAAAGUUAUUUGAUGUAGAUUUUGAAUUGUUUCUUGUUCAAUCAUGGCUUAUAUGGAAUCAAAGAAAUAAGGUGGUGCAUGGAGGACAGAUGAUGGAUCCAAGGUGUUUAAACAAAAGAGCACUGGACUACCUCAAUGAGUGCAAAAAUUCACAGGUUCAACUAGCUGCUAUACCAGCCACGGCACCUGCUAGAAUUUCCUGGAAACCACCACCUCCAUCAGUAUACAAGCUGAACUUUGAUGCAGCAAUUUUUUCCAAUCUGAACUGCUCUGGAUUUGGGGCAAUUAUCCGUAAUGAAGAGGGUGAGGUGAUGGCUAAGAUGUCGGUCAAGGGUCCUUGGGUUCAUAACAGUGCAAAAGCAGAAGCUUUGACGUGUAGGAGAGCUGUUCAGUUCUCCAUUGAAGCUGGUUUUUCAAGAUUGGUCAUUAAAGGUGAUAAUGCAUUAGUGAUGAAUGCAAUAUCAUGCUCUACAAAGAACAACUCCUUGCUGGGACACAUCUUUGAAGAUAUCCAACACCUUGUUUGUGGGUUGCAGCAUGCUUCAAUCAGCUGCAUAAAAAGGAGUGGUAAUAUGGUUGCACACUGUUUAGCUAGACAUGCUAGGUCUAUUAAUGAUGAAAUGUAUUGGAUGGAAGACUCUCCACCACCUGCUGUGGAUGCUUUGUAUCAAGAUAUUUUACAUAUUAAUCAAUGA